ACAUGUUUCUACUACAUUCUUCUCCCACUCCCCUAAUAGUUAAUAUUGUCGACCCAUUCGCUACAGCUAAAUAUGUACAUGCGCCUCUGCCAGCAAGCCACGAUGCGCCGUCCACCCUCCUCUUUCUAACUCCUAAGCCUAAUAACAUCAUUUCUCCAAUUCACAAUAUUCCAAUUCAAUUAAUUCUGUAUUUUCUUAUUGCCGCAAUAGCCACUAAUUUGCUAUGAAACCAGAAUAUUUUCCCCAGCGACUAUGUUGUCGCUAAAUUGCUUCUACCCGUUCACAUGAAUAAUUGAAAUACUACUCCCCGAAACAUUACCAGUAUACGAAGGUAUAAGCCGGUGAGAGCAUCAUGUCGGACCCCAACAAUGCUCCGGCCGCUUCUAGGCCUCCAACCACUACAUACAAGAACCCGAGACGAACCUCGGCCGAAACUUCAAUUACUCUACAAGCACACCGCUUAGCCAGAGUUACAAAUGCAUCUCCCCCCGUUCCUCACUCGACGCCGAGAAGAAAUUCGUCCGGCGAUAGUAACGAAACAAGACACAGUGCCAAGAAUUGGUUUGAAGCUUCGAACAAAAAUGCCAUGGCCAAUAUGGAUACCAGGGCCAUGGAUCUUGAUCCUCCAUUCUACCAGAAAGCAACUGACGACUCCAACGAAGAAGCAGCGCAUUAUGGAGUGUCAUUACACAGCCCGGUGUACGAGUUUAUCCAGAGUCGGUUACCGGAUUUUCGAACUGGGGUAGAUUCCUCUAACGAGGAAUUCCGUUCGGUCAUAGAUGACCUUACUGUUGAGAACAAACGUCUGAAGGAGGAAUUGAGGAAAUACAAACAAAUGGGGCCGGAUUCAUUGCGAAGAGAGAAGUUAUUCGAGGUUAAGGUUCACGGCCUAUCCAGCAGGAAGAAGCGGGAAUUAGAGGCUGCACUACGGGACUUUACGACCGGCUUAGAGGAUUCGAGUACUGGUGUCUCCCCGGGUCGCAAGAAGACCUCUAGCAUGUCGAAGAAUAACCAUUCAUCACUCUCCAAACAUGCCUCUUCAUCUUCGGGGACGGGAUCAAACUCAAAGCCUGUUGAUUCAGCGUACGCAUCUAUGUCAACCGGCCCACGUUCCGCUAUCCCGUCGCUACUUGGUCAAGCUACGGCUACGCGACAGCGAAAUGAACAGAAGAUUGAGAAUUAUUUGCGAGAUAUCCCCGAGGGUCUAUGGCCACGACCUAUUAUCAUGACCGAGAAGGAGAAGAAGAAGCUCGUAGUCAAGCGGCUUGAGCACCUUUUUACAGGAAAAAUGGGUGAUCCAGCCGAACACGUCCAAUUAUCUUUAGUACCUGAGCUCAUUAUCGAAGACGUACAAAUGGAAGGAGCCGACGACAAGGUUGUGCCUCCGGUGCCAUCAACUACUACUGAUACUACUCGGGAGGCCAAGAUCCGACCGCGCCAACUGAGACGCAAGGAAAGUAGCUCGCGCGACAACGGUUCCUCAUCAAACUCUCACUCACACUCAAAUUCUCACUCGAAUGGCGAUCAGACCGAACCCAGGGACAAUGGUAACGGUAGCGGGAGUGGUAGCGGACACGCGAGCGGUGCAGGGCGUGGUAACAACACGUCACCUCACAUGGCUAUGCCACCUUCGGAGCAGCGUCCGACAAGGCCACGCGAUUUGGACCCUGAUCGCAGACAGGUACCCUCAGAGAACAUGGAUUACAUACGUCACCUGGGACUGGUCGCACCGGAAUCGCAGGAGCAGUUCUCUGCAAGGGAUGCAUCGCCAGAUGCGGAAGGUUGGGUAUAUCUCAACCUGUUGUGCAACUUAGCGCAGUUGCAUAUCCUGAAUGUUACCCCGGCUUUUAUUCGCAAUGCAGUGUCGGAGAAGAGCACCAAAUUCCAACUUUCACCCGACGGGCGCAAGAUCCGCUGGAGAGGUGGAGACGAAGGUACAAAAUUCAACAAUUGCGAAAGUACGAGCAAUUCUCAGCCGGACCAAUCAAGCGAUGACACGGACGGGUCGAAGGAUCAGGACCAGAAGAAAAAGCAGAGGACUCAGGCAUCCGGAAAUGACGUCACCGCGCGCAAACCUUCAAAAUUCGGAUUAGGCGUGCAAGAUUCCAAUUCAUCCGAGAGUUUUCACUACAAGCCGUUAUUCGUCCACCAGCAAACUUCGUCUUCGGAUGAACAGCCGUCGGGAGGUGACGAAACGGGUUCGUCCUAUGGCCCGCCCGAGGAGAGUCACUUAGGCAUGCAUUCUCGUUGGGGACAGAGUGGUGUGUCGGGGGUGUCACAACGCAAGCGCCGUCGCGACGGUGCCAUCAUUUAUUACAGUGGAGCACCUUUCUGCACAGACCUGUCGGGAGAUUUUGGUGACGGGGAAGUGUCCCCCGCAACGUACGAUAUGACGUCAUCUGGCGACCGGGGUGGCCAAAGUAACAGUCAGGGUCCAGUCAGCCUCGGCAUCAGUCGUCCACAAUUUAGUCGUUCUACGUCAGGAUCGUCCUUACCUUUUAGACCGCUCAGUGCCCUCCCCAGUUCUCGAGACACACCGAUGGAUCUCGAUGGAUCUGAUCUCCCAGAUCUAACUGCGGGUGAGACCGACGAUGACAUAGAUGCCGAUUUUCCUUGGUCAGAGUUCAGCCAACGUACAUCCUUGGUGAAUCUCGAGGCCAGCGGCUUAGGUGGUAUCUCCCCCGAAGAUCAUUUUGUCGUCGUCGUUGCAACACGACGACCUAAACGAGCGCGUUGUGAUGAGAACAGUGUUUCAGAUAACGAUGACGAGGACGAAAUUCCGACAAAGCGAUUAAGAAACGUUGAGCACCUCAGCCAAGAAAUGGUAGACUCGAAAGUUACAACGGAGUCUAUCAUUAACAAGUUGGCUACGAUGACAACUAGUUCACCAUUGCCAUGUCAUUCGAUGGCAGAUACCAUAGCGCACGCGGUUCAGAUAGAGUAUCUCAAUGACAGGAUUCGUCAUUUAUCUCCGGUACCUCUACCACCUCCCGCGUUCUACUUCCCCGCCGGCGAUUCCGAUCUCGAUGAUGAUGACGAAAGCGGUGACGAUACUUCUUCGGAAAGCCUCAUGAGUAGGCGAGCGAUAGUUGAGGACGACCCAGGCUCAGAUGUUGACUUAUCUGGGAACGACGAAGAAGACGAGCAUUCUGACGGCGGACAAGCCUACGAUGCCAGUGGUAGCAUUUCACCCAAUAUCAUGGAAGAGCUUCUUGACGUUAGCGAAUUUCAACGAGGUCGUAGCGGAAAGAUUUCGGAAAUCUCUAAAAUGACUACCGGGAGCUCAGCAGCCACUGCCGGCGGGGCUCCCAGUGGUUACAAUAGCAGUAUGGAAGAAGAUACUUGAGAUUGUCGCAAAACCUUUCUGGUGCCCUACUUUUACUAGCAUCUUACCAGGCAUGCUGAGCUAAAGGCGUGUAGUCCUAUGUAGUAGGUCCGCUUCCAUUUACAAUUAUCAUUGUACAUAUAUGUACAUUGGGCCGGCGCAAAAGUUUGGCGAUUGCAUUUUUCUGCUUCUUUUGACGAUAUCACUACUUACGUUUUAUGGGAAUUGGACGUGAAGGCGAGCGGGGAGAAGCUUAAGACUCCAACUGAAUGGCAUUUACGUUAGCGUUUGCAGAGGCAGCAAGAAAACGAUGAGGAUCUAAUUCAAUGGUUAAAUAGGUAAUAAAGCUUAGGUACCUACAUUUGUUGAUUUUACUGUUCUUCAGUGCAGAAUAAAUCUAUCUAAUAGAUCA